CGGACGCACGAAGCAGGAUGGGCUGCAGGCACAGCCGACCCAGCCGCUGCAAGCGUGCGGAAAAGGUGGAGAAGACACAGACAGAACUCCUGGAGACACUGGACAAAGAGGGAAGGAUCCUGGAAGGCCGGCUUGAAGAGGCUGGGCAGGCCCUGCAGACGUCAAGUGCACGGGAGAAAGACUCUUCUAGUGUCUCCGUCCAAGAGGCCAAAGCCUCAUUGCAGAACUCCUGUGCAAUGCUGGCCUCAUCACAGGAGGUCAUCCAAGCCCAGAUGAACAAGGUGGAAGGGUCCAUACUUAGCCAGCUCUAUAAGAACCACAUCCAGGACUAUGGGAGCCCCGGCCCGUUCUGGGAGCAAGAGCUCGAGAGUUUGCACCAUGUUAUUGAGAUGAAGAAUGAGCGAAUCCAUGAGCUGGAGAAGCAGCUCCUUCUGCUAGAGAUGCUGAAAGAAAAAAAUCUAAUAUUAGCCCUGAAAAACACCACCCUGCGGCAGGAGGUUGAGGACCUUCAGUUCCAAGCUGGGAACAGGCUGACCAUGUCAAGGCAGUUCCAGAAAGAUCUACUUCAGGACCUGGAGAAGGAGUCGCAAAAUGGCCACUGCUGCAGCAGACGGAGGAGCCACUGAACCGUCUGAGUCCUUGAGGCCUGUGCCUCCUCCAUCUUACCCUGCCCCCUGCUGCACCUCAGAGGCCUCUGUCCUCAUCAUAUAGACACAGGCCCUGGACCCACCGUGCCUCCCAGACUCACCACUCCCUCUAAGGUCUGUGGAGAAGAGGGCAAGACUCCAUUCUUCUCCCAGGGCGGACUAGGUGGGCAGGGGGAGAUGUGUAUAGGUAACAACACUGGUGGCGGAGGUUGGGCCACCAGCAUCACCCAAGAAGUGCCUUCCCUUAGUUGGCCCAGAGAACAUGCAAGUACAGUUACAGCCCCCAUCCGGUACUUAUGAGGGCAUCCAAGACUUCUCCCAUGGCAGCUGGCGCCACUUUGACCAUCUGACAAAGGGGACAGUCCCCCUUCCCAGACAACUCACGGACCCAUCCAAGUUCUUCUAACCACACCAGUAAUGCUCACUCGGAGAAAAACUGUGAAAGACACCAUCCAAGGAAAAGGAAUACAGUAUUGUUUUUGUUGAGAUGGGGUCUCGCCACAUAGCCUAACUUUGAACUCAAAACCGCCACGCCUCAGCCUCCUGCGCGCUGGGAACACACGGGGCAUACGCCGCCACACCCAGCAGGAUGAAGAGCUGAAUUUGCUGCCGUGCUCAGCAUUGUGAAUGUUUUUAAGCAUGUGUAGCUGAGGUCUUAAUGUGAAAAUUAAAUCUUUUUGUUAAAAAUAAAACUUUGUUUUCACAUUC